AUGGAAAAGGCACAAGAGAAACCCGUGUCUCUCGUCUGGGACUGCGGUAGUUCACUCUACGACUCGUUCGAACGCAAAUCGCUCGAGCGCCAGCUUCACUCAGCCAUAUCAUCGAGAACUCUCUCCAUGCCCCACCUAUCGGACCGUCAGGCGGCCCGCCCGCCGCCACCACCGCCGCGGAAACCACUACCGACGCAACACGUGGCAAAAAAGUACUCAUCGAAAUUUUCCGUGUCGUUUCAGAAGCUUGUUCGGUUCGUUUUCGGACCGAAACAAAGCAGCAGCAAUCCGCUGCUCAAGAAGAGAGACGGGGCGAAAGGCGGAUUCGACAAUCAUUUUUUCUACGGGCCCGGCGCGCUUUACACGAUACCGGAGGUUGCGGAAGGCGGCAGGGACUACCACGAUGGCUCGCCAGAUUAUAACUCGGCGUUGGUGGGGCGGUCGGUCUCGGAUCGGUUUACUAGUACCGCCUCUGUCGGUGUUUCAUGUGCUUGA